AUGUUGGCGUGGAGCGGUACAGCUGCACUGGGCGCGGUGCUGGCGACGCUACUGCUGUGGCUGAGGUGGCGCGCGCGCAACCGGCGGCGGCUGGAGCUGGCGGCGCGCGUGCCCGGACCGCCGGCCCUGCCGCUGCUCGGCAACGCCUUGCUCUUCAUGGCUAAGCCUAAUGAACAACUAAAAUUGGUGGCGGACAUUAUAACGAAAUACGGCGAGUACGUGAGAUUCUGGUUAGGGCCAGAGCUAAACAUAGUUGUUUCGAACCCGGAAGAUAUAAAGUUGAUUCUAACGAGUAACAAAGUCACCAAAAAAGGGCCUGUGUACAACUUCAUGAAACCCAUGAUAGGCACUGGAAUACUAACUGGUGGUGAACAUUGGCGUCAUUGUCGGAAGACAGUGACACCCUCGUACAACAAGAAGGCAGUGGCGGCGUUCGCGCGCGUGUUCAACGCGGAGGCGGCGGCGCUGGCGCGGCGGCUAUGCGCACGCGACGCGAACACCUUCGACGUCUUCCACGAGGUUGUUGACGCCACUACGCAGUGUGUUUGUCAAACACUAAUGGGCCUCACAAAAGAUGACUCAAUGAAUUUGGCAAAUCUUGAUUUCGUGGUGUCAAAUACUCGCAGAGCGUACAGUUUAUUUUUUGCCAAAAUGACUAAAUGGUGGCUUCAGAUCCCGCUUAUUUACUGGAUCACAGGAGCUCAGAAGGUUGAAGAUAAAAUAAUUAAGGAGUUUCAUAUUUUGACCAAAGAUAUAGUAGAUAAAAGAAAAAGUGCUUUGGCUAGAAAGGAAAGUACCGAGGAAAAGGUACGAGGCAUCGUGGACAGGCUCAUCUUAAAAGGAGACCUCACAGAGAAAGAGAUAAGGAAUCAGACUUUUGCUCUGUUUACUACUAGUCAAGAAGCCGGAGCAAAAAUAGUAUCUGCUGUUCUCUUGUACUUAGCGCAUUUACCGGAGUGGCAGGAUAAAGUGUACAACGAGAUCCUAGAGCGCCUGGGCCCGGAAGACGAAUUCAUAACAGACGAGCACAUCAAGUCACUACAGUACCUGGACAUGGUUUACAAGGAAGUUCUGCGUUGUAUGUCCAUUGCGGCCAUGAUACAGAGAACAGUCGAAGAAGAAAUCACUAUAAAUUCAGGGAAAAUCACCCUGCCAGUUGGGACCUCUUUAGCGAUUCCCAUUCACAUGCUCCAUCGAAAUCCGAAAUACUGGCCGGACCCCGACAAAGUUGACCCGGGAAGGUUCCUGCCCGAGAACGCGGAGCUGCGGGACCCUAACGCCUUCGUGCCUUACAGCCUGGGCCCGAUGGACUGUCUAGGUCGCGUGUACGCCAUACAGAUGGUGAAGACGCUGGUGGUGCGCACGCUGCGGCACGUGCGGCUCGAGGCCGACGGCCGCUUGGAGGACCUGGCGCUCGACGUCGCCAUCUCCGUCUCCUUCUCCGACGGGUACCGACUCAGGGUCUACCCGAGGCCGAAGAACAACAGAGGCCGAAAUUACAUUACACUGCCUUUAGUUAUAGUGCACUUGCUCACAGAAAACAGCAUUGGAGAAGUGAAACUGUUGAAGUGUUUUUCGGUGUCUUGUUGCAGGAUGUUCCUGUUAUUAGCAUUGGCAUGUGUGGCGCUGGCGUGGUGGGCGCUUUGGCGCGCGCGGCGCCGGAGGCUGCUGUUGCUGGCCGACCAGCUGCCAGGCCCGCCAGCACUGCCCGUGCUCGGCAACGCCCUGAUGUUGAUUAGAAAUCCAGAAGGAAUAUUCGUCACUUUGGGCAAGCUCAAGAAGAAGUACGGCCGUGCAUUCAGAUUCUGGCUGGGACCCGAUCUCAAUUAUUGUAUAUCAGAACCUGAUUACGUCAAAAUUCUUCUUCAAAGCAGAAAAUUAAACGAAAGAGGCCCGCAAUACAAAUACAUGGUAGAUUUCCUAGGCUAUGGUAUUCUUAGCGGAUCAGGUCCAAUAUGGCGGAAGCGCAGAAAGCUAAUCAGCCCGAAUUAUAGCCAUAAAGCUAUAGAAAACUACAGUUAUGUAUUCAAUGAAGAAACUGGCAUCUUACUGCAGAGACUCAGGGCGCGACCUGCGGGGGAAUCAUUUAAUAUCUACGAAGAAAUCGUCAAAACGACCACCUACACGGUCUGCCAAACUUUAUUCGGCUUGAGCAGAGAACAGACGUUGAGCCUCCCCUAUCUUCAGGAAAUAGUUAAUGAAACACAUCAGAUAUACGCAGAAGCGUUCAUGAGAAUGACAAAAUGGUAUCUACAAAUUGAGCCUUACUACCGGCUUUCACAGUACUACCCAAGACAUAAAAAGUUCAUACAAAAAACAAAAUACAUGGCGGACGCUGUCGUCGAACAUAGAGUUAAAAAACUAGAUGAUACAAGCUUAAUUGAACUGGACGACAGCGAAAUUGCGUUUAACAAGCAUGAGGUUUUUAGUACUGUGGAUAAGUUAAUUUUGGCAAAAACAAUCGAUUAUGAUGAGAUGUUAAAACAAAUAUUUACUAUAUUUACAACGAGUCAGGAAACAUCAGCGAAUAUUGCUUCUUUCCUACUACUGAUGAUGGCCUACCACCCCGAAUGCCAGGAAAAACUGUACGCAGAGAUAAAGGAAGUAUUUGGCGGAGAAGACCGGCAUGUGACCGACGAGGAUGUCAAGCGCAUGCCGUACUUGGACAUGGUAUUCAAGGAGGUCGUCCGGCUGUUUCCGAUCGCGGCGAUGGUGCAGCGCACGGUUAUGGAAGAUAUCGAUAUAAGUCAGGGCGUCACGCUCCCAGCAGGCAGUUCCCUGACCGUGCUGAUAUUCCACAUGCACCGCGACAAGGACUUCUGGCCGUAUCCGGACGCCUUCGACCCGGAGCGGUUCAGCCCUGAGCGUUCCGCGGCGCGCCACCCCUACUGCUACAUCCCUUUCAGCUUGGGCUCCAUGAACUGUUUAGGGAGAUACUUCGGCACCAAACUAGUGAAGACCAUGUGCGUGAAAGUGUUGCGUGAGUUCCGUCUGACGUCUCCAGAGUCGUACGAGGACAUGCGUCUCGUGCUGGCCGUGUCCGUCGCCUCCGUCAACGGCUACCCCGUACAGCUACAUCCACGGAAACGUUAACAUGUUCCU